AUGGCUGUACCGUUCAAGACCCAACCCCCCUCCACAAAGCACUAUAUUGUAUCCUUUCCUCAACCCCAGACCCUCCUGGUGACUAUCAACCGCGAAAAGCAGCGCAACUCUCUCCCCUCAGAUGCUCACUGGGAAGCCCAUGAGCUCUUGACCUGGUUCGAUCAUGAGCCAUCUCUCCUGGUUGCCGUGAUUACCGGUGCAGGAAAGAAGGCCUUUUGCGCGGGUCAAGACUUGCAGGAACAGAGUUCCAAAACGUCUGGACAGCUAUCCCUGGCUCAGAAAGCGUUGUUGACACACCCACCCACGGGGUUUGCUGGGCUGAGCCAGAGGAAAGGCGUAAAGCCCGUGUUGGCCGCCGUGAAUGGCUUUGCCCUUGGUGGAGGAUUUGAAAUUUGUCUCAACUGCGACAUCGUCGUUGCAUCACCUACAGCCGAGUUCGGGCUUCCAGAAGCAGGCGUCGGGUUAUUUGCAGCGGCCGGAGGUCUGCCGCGCCUCGCACGAGUGUGUGGUAUGCAAAUUGCCAGCGAGCUGGCGUUGACCUGUCGCCGUCUCCCGGCACAGGAGGCCCUGUCCCUUCGACUGAUCAACCGAAUCUCCAAGACACCCGAGUCUCUGUUGGAGGAGACUUUGGCGAUCGCGAAGCGGAUCACUGCGUUCUCACCCGACGCCAUCUUGGUCACGCGACAGGGCUUGAGGGAGGCUUGGGAGACAUCCAGUGUCCAACACGCAGCCUCACGAACUAGGGAGGCGUAUGUGGACCGGGUGGUCCGAGGGGAGAACUUCAAGAUUGGCGUGGAAGCUUUUGCAAAGAAGGUUCAGCCACAAUGGCGAGAAUCAAAAAUUUGAUCUCGUCAAUUUUCCGCCUGCACUAG